ACCUCUUCGGUGAAACCAACCUAUCCAGUUUCCAGUGUGCCCCCAUCCUGUUUUGUAACGUGUAUACGAAGAAUUUGCUUUCCAUUAUCAGGAGAAAAAAAAAAAGCCAUCAACAACGGAAGAAGAAGAAGAAGAAGAAGAAGAAGAAAAGGAAGGGGAAAAUGCCGGGCGACAGGAAGAUAGGGGUGGCAAUGGACUUCUCUAACAGUAGCAAGAACGCCCUGAAAUGGGCCAUAGAUAAUUUGGCAGACAAAGGAGACAGUCUUUAUAUCAUCCACAUUAGUGCCAAUUCUCUGGACGAUUCUCACAACAAUCUCUGGGCCAAAUCCGGUGCUCCUCUUAUCCCUUUGUCUGAGUUCAGAGAACCAGAGAUCAUGAACAAGUACAAUGUGAAAACUGAUAUAGAAGUUCUUGACACUCUUGACACUGCCUCCAGACAGAAAGAGGUUGGACAUCUCUAAAAUCAUCUAGGUCUAUUGAUUCCCAAUUGAGAUUUGCAGUUUUUCAGUCUGAACUGGCUUAAAAAAAGAAAAAGGAAAAACCAAU